GGUUGGUGGUAUCACCAACACAUGGCCAACUUUUCGCCCUAAGAUGCCCGGGUGGAUGAAUAAAUAUAAACCAGUUCCCAAGCUCUCUAGCCAGUCUCCUGUCCAUCACGCCAACUCGAGGACCCCACCUUCGGGCAGACCCUUUAAGAAAGAAGACUUAAACCUGAUUUCAAAAGACUCCCUGGAAUCAGAUUCAGAAAGCCUCCCUCAAGAGGCUAAGUCCUGGUCUGAUAUUAAGGACCAAAUCCAGGACAAAGAUAUGGAGCCUGACAGCUUGGAAGAGGACAGCCCAAGCGAGACAGAAGAGGCGGUGAACAGAAAAGCAGCCCACAGCACUAACAGGGAAGACCUAGGAGCUCGUGAUGCUGGUGUGAAUCACAGCCAACAUCAGGUAGAAGACAAAUAUUCAGACCUCCGAUAUGAUCCCAAUUGGAAGAAUAAAAGAGAGGAGAGACAGCCAUUGGCUGUGGAAGCAUCACCAGGGUCUGCAGAUAGCUCUUCAGAAAACCUGCCUUUGGCCCCGCUCUACCCUUCCAGGGAGCCGUCCAUGGCACUCGCAGCUGGCAAAGGCAAAGAGAAGAGGAGUCCUCAGAGCGAAGCCUCCUUACUUGGAAGCGAAUUUCUAAGCCCAAAGUAUGAGUGUGGCACCCGUCAAAAUGAGUCCUUUUCAGAACUAAGCGACAGUGACCAGGAGGAGAAAUCCAGCGACCUGUCUCAGUACCUAAAGAGUUCCAGCUCACAUAACGAAGUUUUCCUGCCGGGGUCCCGUGGCCCACGCAGAAGGAAGUCCAAGCAAUAUUUUGUGGAGAAAAACAAGCUGACUUUGGGAUUACCUGCUCCUAAAACAGACUCUUACCUUCAACUUCACAAUAAAAAGAGAGGAGAGACUCGCCUGGAACAGAUUUCCUAUCCCAUCAGAGAUACUGGCAAGAUGACUGUCCAGAAUGACAAAGAAGUCGAAAACACUUUCAUGGAUCCUGAGGACAAAUGGCAUCAGAGAGCACAACAGCUCAAGAAUUACCAAGAACAUCUGUCCCAGUACGAAGACACAAAAUCAGGCAACGUCCCAAGAGGUCAGUCUUCCGAUGCAGCCAACGGCCAGCAACCUUCCAGAAGAACAGCCAAGGCCAGGGUUCGGAAACAGAGGAAACCCAAGAAUGGCCUGAAGUCUCUUGGGACAAAAGAGCUUGUUGUCAGUCAAAACAAUCAGAAUAACCCUCUCCAACAACCACAAAACCAAAGGCAACCUAUGGAUGUGUCAGCAAAGCAUGAGCUGGCUGCACCCAAGAAUGCUUCUAGUCCCAGUGUACAGGACUCCAGAACACUCACCCACAAUCCCAAAGUCACCUCUGACCCUUUCGUUCCACCCAAGCAGCCUUUUGACAGAGUAUUAUAUAAAAACUCUGUCUCAGGGCUGGACGCUAAUAAAAGACAAGGACACAGGGCUGAGGAAGAGAAGAGAAUCUUGUAUCAGUCACAGCCCAUCUACAUGUUUUCUGACAUAGAUCUUCUGCAAGACUUUAAUGAACUUUCUCACAGACAUGAGUCCCCGAGCCAGAGAGGCCCUCAGUCUGACUAUCACACGAACACACACAGGUCAACGAAGACGAAGAAGCUGUCCAAACAACCACAGGCAAAGACGAAAUACAAGAACAUAGAGAUGCUCUGGAAAUUCCACUCUUCCUCAGACAUGGAGCCCGCUAGUGCCUCUCCAGACUCCCGGCUUGCCCAGAUCAUGGAGCAGCACCAGCACGCCUUGAUGCAGCUGGCAGAGGUGCAGCCCAGCGAGGGCUCCUUGUCUAGCAUUGUACUCCCGCCUAUCCUGUCCAGGGUAGAAAGUGAAUCGCAGCUCAGUUCAGAGAGAAGGCACAGACACCAGACGAAGAUGGCCCGGAGUAAUUCUGAAGGCUACCUGCUUCAGCUGGAGAAAGGGAGGAAACACCGGAAGCGAAGCGGCACAAAGAGUUCCAAGCUGAAAGGUUAUCAGAAAAGAGACGUGAAACUUGGAGGCCUGGGACCUGACUUUGCGUCCAUCAGAGACAAAAUGCAAACGUUAAUGCAGCAGAAAGAAUAUGCAAAGCAAGUCAAGGAAUACAACAUGAAGACGCUGUCGGUUCUGUCCAAACCACCGACAUCGAAAACUGAGAGUAAAUCAGCAAUUUCUCGGAAGAAGGCUUUGGACUAUGCCAAGACCAUCCCCAAACCCAAACCACCAAAUCUACCUGAUCAAACAGCAAAGAAAACUAAGAACUCAAGGCACAGUGAAAAAGAAGGAGGCUUACCAGAAAUUUCCCUGCUGGAGAUCCUGCAGAGCAGACACGAGCGGGAAAAGCAGGCUGUGGCUGCUUUCAAAGUCCUUCACAUCGUCUAGACGGCAUUUAGUGGGGAUCAAAAGUGCGAUGCAAGCUUGGGACAUGGAUAAGAGACAGUAAACAAUUCCACACUGAGUGGUGAGCUGGCACUGCCACCUGCCUGCUGCCCUUGUCUGCUCUGCGCAGAGAAGUUAAUGAUGACAUGUUUAACCUUCUGGAAAGAAAAAUACAUAUAAUUAUUUCUUUUCAAAUCUGUUAGAAUUUGGGCCGGUAGAAGGCUAGACAAUAAAGCCUUUGGUUUUUA